CGAGAAAACCCCGUCGCGCCCUCCUCAAGCCCUCUUCUCACGAUCCGCCAUUAGCGAGAGGCUUGUGGUGGACUCGACGGCAAAAUGCAGAUUUUCGUCAAAACCCUCACGGGGAAGACUAUAACCCUUGAGGUUGAGCCUUCAGAUACUAUCGAAAAUGUCAAGGCCAAAAUCCAAGACAAAGAGGGUAUCCCUCCUGACCAGCAGAGGUUGAUCUUCGCUGGGAAGCAGCUUGAGGAUGGACGCACUCUCUCUGAUUACAAUAUCCAGAAGGAGUCCACCCUUCACCUGGUGCUGAGACUGCGUGGUGGUGCCAAGAAGAGGAAGAAGAAGUCCUACACCACCCCCAAGAAGAACAAGCACAAGAGGAAGAAGGUCAAGCUUGCUGUGCUGAAGUACUACAAGGUUGAUGAAAACGGCAAGAUCCACCGUCUUCGUCGCGAGUGCCCCGCUGAUGAGUGUGGUGCUGGUGUUUUCAUGGCCAGCCACUUUGACAGGCACUACUGCGGGAAGUGCUGUCUGACCUACUGCUUCAACAAGCCAGAGGACAAGUAAAUGUACAGUAGUCAAUAAAAUUUUCACCACCCAACAAAA